AUGGCGCCGGAGGUAAUCAGAGGUGAGUAUCAAGGACCGGAGUCCGACGUGUGGUCAUUGGGAUGCACUGUGAUUGAGAUCCUCACCGGAAAGCCAGCUUGGCAAGACAGGGGAGCAGACACCCUCCGUCAAAUCGGCUACUCCGAAGAGCUUCCGGAGAUUACAGUUCCGAUACCGGAAGAUCUACGUGAUUUUUUAAACAAGUGUCUUAGAAGAGAGAGAAGUGAGAGAUGGAGCUGCGAUCAGUUACUCCAACACCCAUUUCUCGUAUCCUGCUCUCCUCCAUCACCACCGCAGAUCACGAUCGACACCUGCAAAUUCUCACCAAGAUGCGUCUUUGAUUGGUCUGUUUCAAGUUCUUCGAACCAAUCAACGCUUGAGAUUUAUCAAUUCGACAUAAAGAACUCAAACGCAAAACAGAGGAUUUGUAAAUUAGCUUCAAACUCAGGGGCAAAUUGGGAAUCAGAAGGUUGGGGAGAUGGUUAG